GUCGCUAAGGAAAAGGAAUCUCGAAUUUCAGAAUCCUAUUUGGGAAGGAAGAGGAACGGCAAAACCUGCAUCAAGCCAUCAACAGAUCUUUGUCACUUCAUCACAAAUACCCUCUCUAUCAAUUCUAGCCUUCUAGUUCUAGCCUAGGAGGAGUUCGCUUCUGGCAGCACAAGUUACUAAUCCGAAACAAACUCACACGUUGUCCACGUCCCUCUCUCUCUCUCUCUCUCUCUCUCUCUCUCAAUAUAUAAAUUGGGGAAAAGAGCGCUACCUGGUCGCUUCUACUUCUCUGAUUCGAACUCUUAGAUCAGAUAUUGCCGACUUUGCUAAUCUGGAAGCGCAUCUUUCAAGUGAAGGUUUGCUUCUGCUUCUCUGAUUCGAACUAUUAGAUCAGAUAUUCCCGACUUGCUAAUCACGAACAAUAUUUCCAGGAUUUUUAGUCUUGACACUUAGAUGAUAUCUAGGUUUUGGAGAUGAUGCCAAUGGUAGCAAGUCAUGGCAGGAGUGGCACCAGAAGGAUCACAAUUUGAUACUCGUCAAUAUGAUACCAAAAUGAAUGAAUUGCUUGAAUCUGAUGGGCAGGAUUUCUUUACUUCAUAUGAUGAGGUAUAUGAUACUUUUGAUGCUAUGGGCUUGCAAGAGAAUCUUCUGAGGGGCAUCUAUGCAUACGGGUUUGAAAAGCCAUCUGCCAUUCAGCAAAGGGGGAUUGUGCCAUUCUGCAAAGGUCUUGAUGUUAUUCAGCAAGCACAAUCCGGAACAGGAAAAACAGCAACUUUCUGCUCUGGAAUUCUGCAGCAGCUUGAUUAUGGUUUGGUGGAGUGCCAGGCUUUGGUCCUUGCACCCACCAGGGAACUUGCCCAACAAAUUGAGAAGGUCAUGCGUGCACUUGGGGACUAUCUUGGUGUGAAGGUUCAUGCUUGUGUGGGUGGAACCAGUGUCCGUGAGGAUCAGCGCAUUCUAUCGAGUGGAGUGCAUGUUGUGGUUGGCACUCCAGGUCGGGUCUUUGACAUGUUGAGGAGGCAGUCUCUGCGUCCUGAUUAUAUUAAGAUGUUUGUUCUGGAUGAGGCUGAUGAAAUGCUUUCAAGAGGUUUCAAGGAUCAGAUAUAUGAUAUUUUCCAGCUAUUGCCAUCAAAAGUUCAGGUAGGAGUAUUUUCAGCCACAAUGCCUCCUGAAGCCCUUGAGAUCACGAGGAAGUUCAUGAACAAGCCUGUGAGGAUCUUGGUUAAGCGUGAUGAGCUUACCCUUGAGGGUAUCAAGCAGUUCCAUGUGAAUGUAGAAAAGGAGGACUGGAAGCUUGAGACUCUGUGUGAUCUUUAUGAAACACUGGCUAUCACGCAGAGUGUCAUCUUUGUCAACACUCGACGUAAGGUUGACUGGUUGACAGACAAGAUGCGGAGUCGCGACCACACAGUAUCUGCCACUCAUGGAGAUAUGGAUCAGAACACCAGAGAUAUUAUCAUGCGUGAAUUCCGAUCUGGUUCCUCCCGGGUGCUCAUUACCACAGAUCUCCUGGCCCGUGGUAUCGAUGUCCAGCAGGUCUCUCUUGUCAUAAACUAUGACCUUCCCACACAGCCUGAGAACUACCUCCACCGUAUUGGUCGUAGUGGACGGUUUGGUAGGAAAGGUGUUGCUAUUAACUUUGUGACGCGGGAUGAUGAGAGGAUGCUCUUUGACAUCCAGAGGUUCUACAAUGUGGUUAUUGAGGAACUGCCUUCAAAUGUUGCAGACCUCCUCUGAAUUUACUUUUUCUUUCUUUGUUUUUUGCAUGAUAUGCUGCCUUGCAUUUAAUGAAAACUAUUUAAUAUGUUUUUAGUGGGUCUAAUACCUUAUUUUAGUGUCAUUGAACCUCAUCUGACCGAGUGAUAUAGAUCCUUCAUAUUUGCAAUGGUGGAAUCCAUCAUUUCCCUUUCUUGGGUGUGUGGGUGGUAUUUGUAAUCUGCAUCUUAUGAGUCACCUAACCGAGAUAUAGCUUGGAUUGGUUCA